AUGCGUCGUUUCUGCGUCAUGGUGGGUGCAUCCAUGCAGAUGGAGUUGCUGAAAUACGGACGCCGCUGGGAGGCCACUUUCAGCAACAACAACCCAUCAUCAGCAUCCACAUCGUCAACAGCAGCAACAGCAACAACUCAAGGCGAGGGCGCCAGGACAUCGGCGUCCGCCACAUCUUCAACGGCGUCCAUGAGCAAUGCACAAAACGUCAUGGAGACGGCCUCGGAAGCUCGACGGGAGAUUCACGAGUUGUGGAUGGCAACUGCUUCGGCGGCGUCAGAUGCGGAGCAGCGUGUGNCGCGUGUUGCUGCGCUGAUGGCGAAGUACAAGCUGGAUCCUGCGACUCCGCGCGAGGAGGAUGUGAGUCGUGGCCUUGGUGACGCUUUUGAUCGCUUGCUGUUGCUCUGCGUGCCGCUCGGUGCCGCCGCCGCGAAAAGCACCGACGACUUGGAGCGACUUAUGCACCUCGCGGGGCGCAACAACAGGGAGCUGUCAGUGCGCACAAUUCAGCAUCUCUUCGCCCGCACCGACUCCUUCACGGAGGCGCUUGCUGUCUUCUACGCGAUGCGGCGCUGCCAUGUGGCGAUGAACAUGGAGGCGUACUACGCCAUGUUGUACUCGCUGCAGCGGCUCGAGGAGGAGGGCUGGGCACAGCGCUUCCGCGAGGAGUGUGAAGAACAAGGGGAGCUGUCGGAGCAGGCGAUGGACUUUGUACUCAAGGGUAUCAACAACGCUCUUCUGCCAGAAAACAAGCCGUGGCUCGGCCGCGUCAUGUUUGGCGACAGGGACGAACCGGCGCAGCGACGCGAGGCGCACGAUUACGAUGAGCUCAGCGCGACGUGGACGAAGCGCUAUAGGGAUGGCGGUGUCUCCAUUCCGUCACCGUAA